UCGGAAUUCCAAAUCGGGGAACUCUAACCUCUUUCUAAACCUAAAGCUCAGACUUUCCGUCCUGAAGAUCACUGACGUCAUGAUUUUACCUCGUUAUUCCCGAUUUCCAGUUGUCUUGAAAGCUUGCUCUUUGGUGUCGUCACGAUUACGCAUGUGCCCGCUGCUGCUGACACGACAGAAAACAUGGCGCUCGAGGAACCAAAUGGAGAUUUUCCAUAUUUACCUUCAGGGGUGGCGGAGGUCAACAAAAUGAUAAAGGAGAAUGGUGACCUGUUUUCUGAUGCCCUGUGCAAAAUCUGCAGUGCUGUCCUGAAUUCUGACUCCCAGAAACUUGCACAUUAUCAGAGCAAAAAGCAUGCCAACAAAGUGAGACGCUACAUGAGCAUCCACAAAGAAGAGGAGCCCACCAUCAAAAGGUUCAAGUCGCCUUCGGGAGACAGUGCCAGCAGUAAUGGCGAGACGGACCGCUCCAAAGCCUGUCAUAUAUGUAACAUGACAUUCUCCUCUCCGGUGGUGGCUGAGUCCCACUACCAGGGCAAGGUGCACACCAAGAACCUGAGACUGAAGACCUUUGGCAACCAGACCCCAGUAGCACUACCUCAGGCUGUGGCCCCAGUGGUGAAAAAGAAGAAGAAGAAGAAGGAGGCUCAGUCAGAGGAGGCUAGCAAUGUGGCAUCGUCAGGCCCGGCCGAGGACGACCAGGGCAACUUCUGUUCCAUCUGCCAUGCCUCGUUCAACAACCCCCUCAUGGCCAAGCAGCACUACGAAGGCAAGAAGCAUAAAAAACAGCUGACCCAGCAGAAGCUUAUGGAGACCUAUGGGCCAUCCACUGCACCAGCUUCCACAGUAAAGGGCUACCCAUGUACUGUAUGCAACAUCGAACUGAACUCUGUGGAACAGUAUCAGGCACACAUCAGCGGCUCCAAACAUAAGAACCAUGUCAGAGGGAAGAAAGCGAGUAGCCCAAUGUUCAUCAGCCCAUCGGAAAACAAGUACACAGCAGAAAACCAGCAGUCAGAGUACCAGUAUACACCUGAAGCUGAACCAGUACAGGAGGACUGGGGUGCUUUUAGCCAAGAUUACGAGUGACGAGCCUCCCAGUACACCCCCCCCACCAACACCACAGCUCCUUCAGCUAGGGCCAGAAGGAUCACCUGACCAGGAAAAGCUCUAGGUCCUUGUUACAAUACAGGUUACAACUAGGAUCCAGAGGGUUUUUUUCUUUUUUUUUCUGUUCAUGUCAGGAAAAAUCCCUGGACAGGGCAGCCUAUAUGUGGUGUUCUUUCUGUGGUGUUGUAUCUGCCUCAUGGAUGAAUCUCAACUCCAGCUCUAUAUCAUUCUAUGUCUAAAUCCCAGUACAUGUUCACUACCGGUCAAAAGUUUUAGAACACCUACUCAUUCAAGGGGUUUUCUUUAUUUUUACUCUUUCUACAUUGUAGAAUAAUACUGAAGACAUCAAAACUAUGAAAUAACACAUAUGGAAUCAUGUAGUAACCAAAAAAGUGUUAAAUUGAUAUUCUUCAAAUAUCUAUCCUUUGCCUUGAUGACAGCUUUGCACACUCGUGGAAUUCAAUCAACCAGCUUCACCUGGAAUGCUUUGACAACAGUCUUGAAGGAGUUCCCACAUAUGCUGAGCACUUGUUGGCUGCUUUUCCUUCACUCUGUGGUCUGACUAUUCUUCCCAAACCAUCUCAAUUUGGUUGAGGUUGGGGGAUUGUGGAGGCCAGGUAAUCUGAUGCAGCACUCAAUCACUCUCCUCCUUGGUCAAAUAGCCCUUACACAGCCUGGAGAUGCGUCUUUAGCCCUUACACAGCCAUAAUGCGUCUUUGCGGUUGGAAUCUAUCAUUUGGAAUCCAGACCAAAGGACAGAUUUCUACCGGUCGAAUGCCCAUUGCUCGUGUUUGUUGGCCCAAGCAAGUCUCUUCUUAUUAUUGUCCUUUAGUCCUGGUUUCUUUGCAGCAAUUUGACCAUGAAGGCCUGAUUUCACGCAUUCUCCUCUGAACAGUUGAUGUGUCUGUUACUUGAACUCUGUGAAGCAUUUAUUUGGGCUGCAAUUUCUGAGGCUGGUAACUAAUGAACUUAUCCUCUGCGGCAGAGGUAACUCUGGGUAUCCCUUUCCUGUGGCAGUCCUCAUGAGAGCAAGUUUCAUCAUAGCGCUUGAUGAUUUCUGCGACUGCACUUUCAAAGUUCUUAAUGUUCUUUAUUGACUGACCUUCAUUUCUUAAAUUAAUGAUGGUCUGUCAUUUUCUCUUUGCUUAUUUGAGCUGUUCUUGCCAUAAUAUGGAUUUGGUAAAUCCUCUGUAUACCACUCCUACCUUGCCAUAACACAAUUGAUUGGCUCAAAUGCAUUAGAAAUUCCACAAAUUAACUUUUAACAAGGUACACCUGUUAAUUUAAAUGCAUUCCAUGUGACUACCUCAUGAAGCUGGUUGAGAGAAUGCCAAGAGUGUGCAUAGCUGUCAUCAAGGCAAAGGGUGGCUGCUUUGAAAAAUCUCCCAUUUGUUUUUGGUUAUUACAUGAUUCCAUAUGUGUUAUUUCAUAGUUUUGAUGUCUUCACUAUUAUUCUACAAUAUAGAAAAACCCUUGAAUGAGUAGGUGUUCUUAAACUUUUGACUAGCAGUAGUGCGUGUUGGUUGUGUUUCUAGUCGGUCAGACCAGAGAGGAAUAGAGGCUCCUGGACAUGUUCUCUCUCAUUCUGUUCAGAUCAAAAUGAUGUCAUAAAUAUUUAAAUUCCAGACAAUACAGUACAAUGAUAUGACUGGACAGAAUUUCCCUGGGUGUUCCUUUCGUUUGUGCGAGGGACUUGCAGUUGUGUUCUGGUUCUGUGUGAUAUUGUUUUGUUUUUUUACCACCUGUUUUCCAUUUAGGCCCCUAAUCCUUGUCGUCGUCCCCCCCCCCCAACACGUUCUUUUGAUCCCUCUUUUUAAACGUUUCUCUUCGACUGGCUGAGGAGAAACUCCAACAUAUCCUGUACAGAAAGUUAUUGGUUCUAUUAAUUAUAUUUCUUUCGGUUUGCUGUUAGCAACAUGGAGAGUGACAUGGGAUCUGUUUAUACAGGAAGCACAAUUCUGAUAUUUUUCCACUAGUCCUUUGACCAAUCAGAAUGCUAUUUUGACAAUAAUUGGACAAAAUAUCAGAAUACUUCUGCUUGUGUAAAUGCGUCCUUGGACGUUUUUUUUAUGUUACAUUUUUUGCACCCACCAGCCUCUGAGAGAACCAAGAUUGAUGUUUAUUUUAAGUAAAAGACUGGCAGAUAAGCACAUCCUAUAAUCGUUUUAUUAUAUGCACAUGGGCUUGUAUCAGUUUACAAACUGUGCUGUCAUAACAACAAUAUGCCGCAGCAGAGAAGUAAUGUCAUAUUCUAACUGUGCUUUUUAUUAGGAAUGCGCUGUCGGUACCAGGACUUAAAAAUCUAUGUAUUUGUGUUUUGGUCACACAGGAAAAAGGAAAUGAAACAACUUACUUACAAUGUGACAUAUACCUUUACUAGACAUCUGCUGUGCUAUGUCAUAGUUUUAGAAUUCAUGCAGUAAUGUUUUAUUCUGUAGUUGUCCAUCUGUGCUGGUUGGGCCAGGAAAGAUUGUCAGAAUGUUGGUCAACAUUUUGUGAGUCUGAUGGAGUGGAUUUGUCUGAUGUGAUUGUGAAGAUCUGAGAUUGUUUCUUCGGUGGUGAAACUAAAAUAAGCUAUUUCAAA